GCAAGGUGGCGGUAAUAAAAUAAACUCGCUAAAUUCCGCAGCUGCUAGCGGAGACGAAAAAGCACCGCAGCAGACUUCAGCUACGACAGGCUUGGCCCAGCGAUGCCUAAGAAGUUCCAGGGUGAGAACUCCAAGGCAGUGGCAGCGCGGGCCCGGAAGGCGGAGGCCAAGGCGGCAGCAGACGCGCGGAAGCAGCGGGAGCUGGAGGACGCGCUGUGGGAGGACAACGACAAACACGCGCUGAAGAAGGAGCAGAGGAAGGAUGAGAGGGAGAAGAAGCGUCUGGAGGCUCUGGAGCGGAAGCGAGAGAACCAGCGCCUUCUGGAGGAGGAAGACUCCAAGAUGAAGGGCAAGCAGACCCGAGAGGCUCCAGGGAAAGUGACGCGAGCCCAGAUCGAGGAGAACCUUCUCCGAGACCAAACACUCCGAGAGCCCAAGGAGAAAGCAGAGAAGAGUCACCUGGAGACGCCUCUGGAGGAGAACAUUAACCGGCUCGUUCUGGAAGAGGGCUCGGCACGGACCAUCCAGGAGGCCAUAGCAGUACUCAGCACUAAAGAGGACCUGGACCGGCACCCUGAGCGGAGAAUGAAGGCUGCGUACACCGCGUUCGAGGAGGCCAACAUGCCGAGACUGAGAGCGGAGAACCCCAACAUGCGUCUGUCUCAGCUGAAACAGCAGCUGAAGAAAGAGUGGGCCAAGUGUCCUGAGAACCCACUCAAUCAGCACUUCAGCCCCUACAACGCCAAGUAACCGACAACACCAUCAAACUACAGCGGCUCAAAGACUGACACGCCCAGCUGGGCGCCAGGAACUCGCAGCCAAACGGCAGAUUGAAGUUUUCACAGAAAAACGUAAUUAAGAUCUUUCUAGUCUUUGGGCCCUCCCUCCCCCUUCCUAGUUACAGUGCAGAAGCAGACAGUGGACGAGAGAAGACGUCUGAUUACAGAGCAGCAGCAGACAGUGGAUGAGUGCAGUCUGAUUACAGAGCAGCAGCAGACGGUGGACGAGUGCAGUCUGAUUUACCUGUCAUAUCAAAGUGCGAAAGUCCCACAUCUGUCACGUUCACGUCUGUGAGCCGUUUGAUUGAUUUGAAGGUUUUGGAACCAUCGAAGAUUAGAAAGAAGGUAAAGAAAUAAAAGUGAGAUGGAGAGGGAAUGUGUGUGUGCAUA